GUUUGAGCUCCUCUAGAUUUGCUCUACAUACUUACUUAGAUCUGACCCGCUCUGCGACCACUUAACUUAAACACAACUCAUUGUCCCGAAGCUGCCGGCAACGAGAUCUCUGUAUUGCCAACCCUCGCUGAGGUCAGGCAAUAUCCUACAUCGAUAUGCCAGACCCCGGGGCAUCGCAGACGAGUGGCUCUGAUGGGCUGCGACCCAAGCCUCCAAGAGAUGCCCCGCCUCCAUUCAACAAGCGCACUGCCGACGUCAUCCUCCGUUCCUCCGACCACGUAGACUUCCGCGUUCGGCAGAGCAUCUUGGCCGAGGCGUCCCCGUUUUUCGAGGCCAUGUUCUCCCUUCCUCAACUCCCGGAAAACAGGAAACGGAAGGACCGCGACGAGACAGAGUACCGGGACGGCAUCCCCGUGGUCGACAUGUCUGAACCAAGCCGAGUACUGGACUCCCUCCUGCGCUUCUGCUAUCCGGUCGAGGACCCGGCUCUCCCGUCUCUCAAAGUCACUUGCGAAGUGCUCGAGGCUGCUCGCAAAUUCGACAUGGUAUACGUAGUCGCCCAGGUCAAGAAGCAGUUCCUCUCGCGUGCGGUGCAGCAGCCGCUACAGGCUUACAUCGUCGCCGUGACACGUGGAUGGGUGGACGAGAUGAGGGAGGCGGCCAAGUGUACGCUCCGUCGUGAGAUGCGAUGGGAUGCGUACAUCCCGGAGAUGGAGCUUAUCAGCGCCGGGGCAUGGUACCGCCUCAGAGCGUACCACUCUGCCUGCUCGGAGGCCGUAUCGAAGCUGGUCGACACCACUCAGCUGAACGAAGACGGUGUAGUCAUGGACUGGCUCACAACGACCCAGUGGCCGUGGUUCACCUGCACCUGCUCGCAGGCACCGUUUCAAAAAGUGUACUACACGGCCGCCCGCAUCCCAUGUCGCUCGGCCGCGUGGUGGGAGGACUAUCUGAAGGACAUGAAGCAGAAGCUCAAGGACAGGCCCCACAGAGUGACCGUCGUUGAGUCCGACUCGGGCGAAGAGCACCUGGAUCGUACGAGGUGUCAGACCUGCUUGUCGCAGAAGGCCUCGCGGAAAGCCUACCUGAAGGACUUCGAAAGUAUUCUUAUACAGGAGAUCGACAAAAUCAUCUCCAAGAUUCAACUCGAAGUACGGAUAUAAUUGCGCUAUGAAUGCUAUCGUCACGCUGUCUCUGCUUUGUAUGUGCUCCUCAUGUUCUCGUCUUCCAUCUUGCUUUUGCAUCAUGUACAUCUCGGCCGCUAUCGCAAACCCUCGCAAGUGCUACCAUGGACGCUAUCCUGCUCUCUACCACUAUACUGCUGCUAUCUAUCUAUCGCUCCACGCUCAAAGUACCACAGAAUCCACAUCGUCACCACGACUGUGUACACGCGGACAUGUCAGCUUGGAUUUUUGGUGCUUCCAGUGCUGUCUCAGCCAUGUAAGUCACGG